GAGGCAGCACCACGUGUACUGUGUUGACUGUCAAAGCCUUCAGGAGCCCAAUUCCCGGAAGCUGUGAGUUCUGAAAGAAGUUCCUGCACUCGAGCGCCCGGAGUCUGCGAGCCCCCAACCAUGAGCGCCCCGGGCGUGCUGUCCUUUACCCAGCAAGGCUGGGAGCAGGUGCUGGCCAAAGUGAAACGGGCUUUGGUCUACCUGGACGCCGCCUGCGCCGAGAGCCUGCACUGGGGCUGCGGAUCCACGCGGCUUCUGGAGGCGGUGGGAGGUCCUGAGUGUCACCUGCGGGAGUUCGAGCCCGCCGCAGUUGGUGGUGGAGCCAAGCAGCCUAAGGCGGUGUUUGUGUUGAGCUGCCUGCUGAAAGGCCGGACCGUGGAGACCCUACGGGAUAUCAUCUGUCGCAGUCACUUCCAGUACUGUGUGGUGGUCACAGCCGUGAACCACGCUGUCCACCUCACCGCUAAUCACGUGCCGGCGGCUGCAGCGGCCGAGCUGGAAGGGCAGCAGCCGGUGUUCGAGCAACUGGAGGAGAAGCUGUGUGAGUGGAUGGGCAAUAUGAACUACACCGCCGAGGUGCUGCACGUCCCGUUGUUGCUCGCCCCUGUGGCUCCCCACCUUGCCUUGACUCCAGCCUUUGCUUCCCUUUUUCCACUGCUCCCCCAGGAUGUGCAUCUCCUUAACAGUGCCCGACCGGACAAGAGGAGACUAGGAAGCCUGAGUGAGGUGGAUGCCACGGCCCUGACCCCUGAGCUGUUUCUGCAGAUCAGGUGCCUGGUGUCAGGCCUCAGUUCUCUGUGUGAGCAUUUCGGGGUGCGGGAGGAGUGUUUUGCCGUAGGUUCCCUCAGUCGGAUCAUCGCUGCAGAUCUGGCUAAUUAUGCCCCUGCCAAGAACAGGAGGAAGACUGCCACAGGCAGGGCAUCAGUGGUCUUUGUGGACAGAACUCUGGAUCUCACGGGAGCAACUGGACAUCAUGGAGACAACUUGGUAGAGAAGAUCAUUUCAGUGCUUCCCCAGCUCCCGGGCCACACCAACGAUGUGAUGGUUAACAUGGUAGAGCUUACGGCACUCCAGAAUGAAGACAAGAGUCAGAGUAUGGUUGCGCCAGGCUGUCUUGCACAACCCAAGGACGCGGCUGCCAAAGCCUUGUGGGAAGCCUUACUGAGCACCAAGCACAAAGAGGCAGUGAUGGAAGUGCGGAGACAUCUAGUGGAAGCAGCAAGCAGAGAAAACCUGCCAAUCAAAAUGAGUAUGGGGAGAGUCACUCCGGGGCAGCUCCUGUCCUAUAUUCAUCUCUUCAAGAACAACCUCAAAGCUUUAGUGAGUCACUGUGGGCUCCUACAGCUUGGGCUGGCCACAGUUCAAACUCUGAAACACCCACAGACUGCCAAAUGGGACAACUUUCUGGCUUUUGAAAGACUCCUUCUCCAGAGCAUUGGGGAGUCAACCAUGUCUGUUGUGUUAAAUCAGCUGCUGCCCAUGAUGAAGCCUUUGAACCAAAGGACCAACAAUGAUUACAGCCCUGAAGAAUUGUUGAUCCUCCUGAUAUAUAUUUACUCUGUUGGUGGAGAGUUUACAGUGGACAAAGACCUGGGGGAAGCCGAAGAAAAAGUGAAGAAAGCAUUGGCUCAGGUCUUCUGUGAAGAGUCUGAAUUGUCACCUUUGCUGCAAAAAAUCACAGGCUGUGACUCUUCAAUUAAGCUGACUUUUCACAAAUCCAAAAUUGCCGUGGAUGAGCUCUUUACUUCGCUUCGGGAUAUUGCUGGAGCUCGGAAUCUCAUGAAACAGUUUAAGUCUGUGUAUGUUCCUGGAAAUCAUACCCACCAGGCAUCCUAUAAGCCAUUGCUGAGGCAGGUUGUGGAGGAAAUAUUUAAUCCUGAGAAGCCAGAUCCGGUGGAUAUCGAACACAUGUCUUCAGGCCUCACGGAUCUCCUUAAAACUGGAUUUAGCAUGUUUAUGAAGGUGAGCCGGCCCCAUCCCAGCGACCACCCUCUCCUGAUCCUCUUUGUGGUGGGCGGGGUCACAGUCUCAGAAGCCAAAAUGAUCAAAGACCUCGUGCCGUCCUUGAAGCCAGGAACCCAGGUUAUCGUGCUGUCCACGCAACUCCUGAAGCCAUUUAACAUUGCUGAGCUGUUAUUUGCGACUGACCGGCUGCAUCCAGACCUUGGCUUCUGAGCAUCUGCAAGGAUGAGACUUACCUGAGCUGGAAAUACCGAUACCGUUAUCCUGUCACCGUUCAAGAUACGCCUCCCAAACCGGUGUCCCCUUGCUAACGGUGGCCAUGACAGAAUUCUGCCUGAAGGGUCUUGGCAACCAUGCAGCGAAGUACUCUGCUCGGAUUCCCAACAACUUAAAAAAAAAAAAAAAAUUACUUUCAUUUUUCUAAAGGUGUCAAACUGUCUUUCAGCUGGCCACGUUUGACAUCAUCCCCGUUUCUCCUCAACCCUCUCUUUGUGGUCCUGAUUCCUGUGAUCCCGGAUUCUGUGAUCCUGGAAUCUUCCUGAUUCCAGCCGCAAGCUCACUGUUUCUAAAUAAACGCCUGUUGGCGAGUGUUGGUGGAUUACAAGCCAUUUGAUCUGCAGUUGCUCAAGAAAUUAGACAUGCUUCACAUCAGGAGUGUGAAAAAAGUUUGGUUUUCCUUAAGAU